UUACCUUUCAUUGUUUUCUUGAGAGGUUAGAUCUUUGUUUACUAAGAGAAAACUAUUAAAUAUUGCUCUUCUGGCGCAACUUAUAUAAUUGCAGCGGUGGACACGCAUCGUGCCGAUAUAAUUAUGAGUUUACCGACUGAUUUUGGUCCGGACUCAGGCGGUAGAAUUAAGGGACUAAUGAUAGUAAAGCCGAUAGUUUACGGCAAUGUAGCGCGUUAUUUUGGCAAGAAACGCGAGGAAGACGGUCAUACUCACCAAUGGACUGUGUAUGUGAAACCGUAUGCUAACGAAGACAUGUCGGCAUAUAUAAAGAAAAUACACUUCAAACUGCAUGAGAGUUACGCGAAUCCUAAUAGGAUAGUGACGAAGCCGCCGUAUGAGCUUACGGAGACAGGGUGGGGCGAAUUCGAGAUCGUUAUUAAGAUUUACUUUCAUGACCCCAACGAGAGACCAGUAACCCUGUACCACAUUCUCAAGUUAUUCCAGUCACCAGUCAGUGAGGGCACACCACCCGUUGGCCGAGCUCUUGUCAGUGAAUCCUAUGAAGAGAUAGUGUUCCAGGAGCCUACACAGCUGAUGCAGCACCUACUGAGCAGUGUGAAGCCUAUUACUAACGGACAGUGGACUCAUGACACUAACUUUGAAGAAAAAAAAGAAAAGACAUUGGAAAAGAUAAUAUCAGCUCAAGCGAAGGUACGAAAUGAAAUAUCUGAGCUCAAGGAGAAAUUGCAGCUCGCAAAGGAUACUAUAACAAAGUUCAAAGAGGAGAUCGCGAAACUGCAGAACAACCCUGGAAUUUUGUCAGCUUUAUAGACUUUAUGCAUAA